AUGGCCGUCCCGAGAGCGCUCACACAGCGAAUCUUGUUGGAAGUCGUGGCUUCCCCUGUUGUUGGCAAGGUCCUCAUUGUGGGCAUAGAUCGGACGAUCGGGACGAUCCUGGGUGGGCUGUGUGGUUGGGGUGCCUUCGUUGCUGCCCACCAGAUCUGGAACGGAGACUACCUGGGCACUUAUGGAACUCUGUCAAUCCUGGCCUUCCUGGCAGCAUUCGGCAGUGUUGUCAUCGCCUGGAAGCUGGCCAAGUUGGAGACCACCCCCAGGCUUUUCACGCUGACCUUCAUCCUGGUGGCACUCGGCUCAGAUGACCCAGAAAGGGAUUUUGAGGUCAUGAUUUCUCGCAUUGGAGGCAUAGUGUGCGGCAGCUUCAUAUCCCUGGUGGUGGCUGUCUUUGUCUACCCCAUCAGCGCAACAGAGUCGGUGCUGGAGAGCAUCAAGCGGGCGCUGCAGGGGCUGGCAGAGCUGAACGCUGCCGCCAUCCACGAGGGCAAGCAUGCGCUCGGCCAUGCCCGCGACGCUGACCAAGAGGAUGAGGAGAUGGGCCUGCAGAGCCCGCUGCUGAGCUACGAGGAGGCGAGCAGCCACAGCGAGAGCUGCGAGGAGGCGCUGAUGAAGAUUGUGUCAGCGCUGUUGGCCGUGCAUGAGAUGCUGCCGCUGUCUCAGAACGAGGCCUAUGUCGGCACCUUCUUCGGCCGCAUGUGGUUCCUGCCCGGCCUCGUCUGGUGCGGCUUGAAGCACAUCCCCAAGGAGCAGAUCAAGGAGGUGGUGACGGACAUCCGGUGCACGGCGUGGCUGCUGUGGCGCAUCCACCUGGCAUUCCGCCAGAUGGCCUUCCGCCAGGGUAUGGGGGCGCACUUCGCACUCGUGCUCACCAAGAUGCUGCCCCCGGACAUGGUGCUGCGCCUGGCCGCAUCCGCGCAGGCCGCCUUCAACUGCCUCGUCGCCGCCUUCCCCGCCGUUGGACCCACCACGCCCGGCCUCGAACAGUUCAAGCAGACGGUGGCCGAGCUGAUGGCGUUGACGGGGCAGCAGCACCGGCAGCUGCUGCGGCACAUGCGCGAGGAGCAGGAAUGGGCGCGUCAGCCCCCAACCAGCACAGGACAGGCCCCGACGCCAAUGGAUGCGAUCAAGCAAGCGGCGGAGGCCAGCUAUCAGGGCAAGCAGCAGGACACCAGUCCGCCGGACGGCACCGGCAGGGAUGGGGAGGCCGGCAGCGCGUCAGCAGAUGAGCGGCUGUGGGACGCCGCGCGUGCAGAGAUCCACCUGCCCAUGCCAGAGUCGGAGGUUGGCGCAGAGCGGGACAUGAUGGCGGCCGAGGGCUUGUCCGGCGCAGACCCUAGAGACCAGGCCGCGUUUCCCAGCUGUGCCGCGGAGCAGGUGGCGGAGGUGCGAUGGUACACCUUCCAGUUCCUGAUGGAGGAGCUGGCGGAGGCGCUGGAGUGCCUGCACAUGAAGCUGCACAUGCUGUCGCAGCAGCUGCCGGACCCCGCCAUCCAGCUGCAGGCCUGCCACAACCACAAGCAGGAACAGGGGCUGAUUUGA